CUUCGUACAUCCACCCUCUUGGAACAAGUCUUCAAUCAAUCUUCUAUUGAGCAGCACCCCUAGCUGACUUCCAAGCCAAAGACCCACUUCGUAUAUAUCCACCCUCUUGGAACGAGUCUUCAAUCAAUCUUCUAUUGAGCAGCACCCCUAGCUGACUUCCAAGCCAAAGACCCACUUCGUAUAUAUCCACCCUCUUGGAAAGAGUCUUCAAUCAAUCUUCUUUUCAGCUGCACCCCUAACUGACUUCCAAGCCAAAGACCCACUUCGUAUAUAUCCACCCUCUUGGAAAGAGCCUUCAAAGAAUCUUUUAUACAGUCUGCAGACUUGAAUCCACAUGGAGGACCACCAUUGCGGAGACUCUCUCUUUCCAACCUCCACCCUUAUUCCAGUCACCACCAUUUGCAUCUUUCUCUUCAUUAUUGGCGUAACUGGAAACACCAUGACCAUCCUCAUCAUCCAGCGCUUUAAGGACAUGAAGACCACCACCAAUCUGUAUCUCUCCAGCAUGGCCAUCUCAGACCUGGUCAUCUUCCUCAGCCUGCCCUUCGACCUCUACCGCCUCUGGAAGUACGUCCCUUGGAUCUUUGGUGAGUUUGUGUGUCGUCUGUCGCACUACAUUAAUGAAGGAUGCACCAACGCCACCAUCCUGCACAUCACGGUGCUCAGCAUGGAGCGUUACCUGGCCAUCUGCUUCCCUUUUAAAGCCAAGGCGGCCAUUACUAAGAAAAGGGUCAAAUAUGUGAUCUUGGCUCUGUGGGGUUUUGCUCUUCUGUCCGCCGCGCCGAUGUUCUUCUUGAUGGGGGUGGAAUAUGAAAACGAAACCAUACCAGAUCCCGGGUCUCGGCAGUGCAAACACACGCGAUACGCCAUCGAAUCGGGGCUUUUACACACCACCAUUUGGGUUUCAACUGCUUACUUCUUCUGCCCCAUGUUUUGCUUGCUCUUCUUGUAUGGAUCCAUUGGCCGAAAGUUAUGGAAGAGUCGGCAUGAGCUUCAUGGACCCAAUGCGGCAGCCAGACAGAAGGUUAACAGGCAGACCGUCAAGAUCUUGGCUGUUGUGGUAUCAGUGUUUGCCAUCUGCUGGCUGCCGUACCACAUUGGCCGCUUCCUCUUCACUCAUGUGGAUGAUUAUCACUCCGCUCGCCUCAGUCAAGACUUCAACGUGGCCUCAAUGGUGCUCUUCUACCUGAGUGCAUCAGUCAAUCCCGUCCUCUACAACCUGAUGUCCCACAAAUACCGCUCCGCCGUCAAACGCCUCUUCCUGCUGCCCCGCGGAUGCCAAGGGACCAACCGGAGGCAUGUUUCCACACGCGAUGACAUCACGGAGACGCUGAACGGCGUGAAAGAGACCAUGAUGACGGAGGACGACUAGCCGAAACAUCUUUCUGGCUG